AUGUCGGGCGGAGGAUGGAACGUGAAUGCGGCCGCUUUUGUGCCGAACCUGAACGCUAGACCUUUUGUGCCCGGUCAGCCCUAUAUCCCAGCCACAGAGACUGCAUCCGUACCACUUCCAGCUGAGGCUCCUGUAGAAGAUUGGGAUGCUGAGAUUGCUGAUAGUCAAGCUGAAGCCGUCGAGCCAAGUGCACCUCCUGCCCCGGAACCUGUUCCCGGACACGAUUCGAAGGUUAUCGAAACUCCUUCGGAGAAGGCUGAGGAAGCAGGUGGAGGAGACGAUAAGGACGCCUCAGAAGCGAGCGAUGUGGUUGCUCCGUUGGCCAAGAAGUUUGAACGAGUUGCCUACGUCGACGAUGGAACUCACAAGGAACACGUUAACAUGGUGUUUAUCGGGCAUGUUGAUGCUGGGAAAUCCACCAUUGGAGGACAGUUAAUGUAUCUCACUGGUAUGGUUGAUAAGCGAACGCUGGAAAAAUAUGAAAGAGAAGCGAAAGAAAAGGGUCGAGAAAGCUGGUACCUAUCGUGGUGCAUGGACACCAACGAAGAAGAACGCGAAAAAGGAAAAACUGUCGAGUGUGGACGAGCAUAUUUUGAGACAGAAAAGAAGCAUUUUACAAUUCUGGAUGCACCUGGCCACAAAAGCUUCGUUCCAAAUAUGAUUAGUGGAGCUACGCAGGCUGAUCUUGCUGUUUUGGUAAUUUCUGCUCGAAAAGGAGAAUUCGAAACCGGAUUCGAUCGUGGAGGUCAGACUAGAGAGCAUGCUAUGUUAGUGAAAACGGCUGGAGUGCGUCACCUAGUGAUUCUUGUGAAUAAAAUGGACGAUCCCACGGUGAAGUGGGACGAGAACCGCUUCGUUGAAAUUCAAGGCAAGCUCACGCCAUAUCUUCGAAAAUGCGGUUUUAACCCUAAAACGGACAUGAUAUAUAUUCCUGUAUCUGGCCUAACUGGUGCCUUCAUAAAAGAUCGACCUCCAUGUGAUCAGGGAGGAUGGUAUAGCGGUCCAUGUUUCAUCGACUACAUUGAUAAUCACCUAGUAUCAAUGGCUCGUGAUUACAAUGGACCAGUGCGGUGCAUCGUUGUAGAUAAAUUUUCUGACAUGGGCACCCUCAUCAUUGGCAAAAUGGAGUCUGGUGUAGUAGUCAAAGGUCAAAAUCUGGUCCUAAUGCCAAAUAAAGUGGUUAUCUUGGAGCACAAGUCCAUCAUUGCCUCUGGUUACACAUGCGUUCUUCACAUUCAGUCAGCCGUUGAGGAAGUUACUGUAAAGAUGGUCAUCUGCACGAUCGAUAAAAAGACUGGCGAAAAGAAGAAAUCUCGAUUUGUACGACAGGAUGAGAAAUGUAUAAUGCGGAUCGAAAGUUCAGAAGCUUUCUGCUUGGAGCCUUUCAAGGAGUUACCUCAGCUGGGCCGUUUUACUCUUCGCGACGAAGGACGUACCAUUGCAAUUGGAAAGGUUUUGAAAGUCGUCGAAUAA